GGUCUGACCUCUGACUCAUCUCCCGGUAGCCUACAAAGCUACUGAAGUUAGCUUAGCAUGCUAGCUGGUUAGCAACACAGCUGCUAGUCAGAGUGACCGUUUGAUGGAGAGCAAACUGUGUUUCUGACGGAGUCUGAUGGAGAGCAAGUUUCUGUCAUUGUGGUAAAAUGUGUAAAGUCCAGAUGCUGAGAGCGUUGGUGAAGCAGCGACUAACUGCGGCUGCUGAAGAGAUAUGUGGGCUGUUUGAAAGAACGAUAGCAGAGUACGAGGAGGAACUCUCUCGAUCAAAAGAGGAGAACGAGCGACAACAGAAACUACUGGACGCUGUUUUACACCCUCAGCUUCAGUUACACAGAGCAGACGACCAGCAGCUGUUGGUGGUUAAAGAAGAGGUUCCCCCUGAACAGCAGGAGUGGAGCUCCAGUCUGGACCAGGAGGACCCAGAGCCCCCACACAUUAAAGAGGAACAGGAGGAACUCUGGACCAGUCAGGAGGGAGAGCAGCUUCAAUGGCUGGAGGAGGCUGAUAUCAAGUUCCCAUUCAGCCCUGUCUCUGUGAAGAGUGAAGAAGAUGAUGAAGAGGAACCUCAGUCCUCACAGUUUCAUCAAAGACAAACUGAACAGAUGGAAACAGAGGCUGAUGGAGAGGACUGUGGAGGACCAGAACCAGCCAGGAACUCAGAUCCAGAUUCACAUUUACAACCAGAUACUGAUGACAAGCCUGGAGACUCUUCUGAACCUGACACUGAAAACAGUGAUGACUGGAAGGAGACCAGAGAACCUGAGUCAGGUUUAAACUGUUUGGAAAAUGAUGAAGUUGCUGUCAGUGACUUGAGAUGUAGUACUGGUGAGAAACCAUUUAACUCUCAUACAGGAGAAACAUAUUUGAAUUGCUCAGUUUGUGAUAAAAGAUUUUCUCGCAAGGCAGAUGUGAAAAUACACAUGAGAACUCAUACGGGAGAGAAACCUUGUAGUUGCCCAGUUUGUAAGAAAUCUUUUACACAGAAUGGAAGUCUACAAAACCACAUGAGAACUCAUACAGGAGAGAAACCUUUCAGCUGCUCAGUUUGUAAGAAAUCUUUUACACAGAGUGGACAUUUACAGAAACACAUGAGAACUCAUACAGACGUCCAGCAGCUGUUGGUGGUUGAAGAAGAUGUUCCCCCUGAGCACCAGGAGUGGAGCUCCAGUCUGGACCAGGAGGACCCAGAGCCCCAACACAUUAAAGAGGAACAGGAGGAACUCUGGACCAGUCAGGAGGGACAGCAGCUUCAAGGGCUGGAGGAGGCUGAUAUCAAGUUCCCAUUUACGCCUGUCCAUGUGAAGAAUGAAGAAGAUGAUGAAGAGAAACCUCAGUCCUCACAGCGUCAUCAAAGACAAACUGAGGAGAACAGAGAGGCAGAGCAUUUGAAAACAGAAGCUGAUGGAGAGGACUGUGGAGGACCAGGACCAGCCAGAAACUCAGAUCCAGAUACACAUUUACAAUUGGAUACUAAUGACAAGACUGGAGACUCUUCUGAACCUGAGGCUGAUGACUGUGGAGAUUGGAAGGAGACCAGAGAACCUCAGUCAGGUUUAAACUCUCUGAAUAAUGAAGAAGUCUCUGUCGGUGAUUUGAGAUGUUUCAUUGAAAGUGAAAAUUUGAAGAGACACAAGAGAACUCAUACAGGAGAGAAAACUUUCACGUGCUCAAUUUGUCAGAAAUCUUUUACACAGAGUGGAAAUUUACAGAUGCACAUGAGGUUACACACAGGAGAGAAACCUUUCAGCUGCUCAGUUUGUCAGAAAUCUUUUACACAGAGUGGAGAUUUACAGAGACACGUGAUGACUCACACAGGAGAGAAACCUUUUAGCUGCUCAGUGUGUGGUAAAGGUUUCAUUAGAAGUGGAGAACUGAAGAGACACAUGAGAACUCACACAGGAGAAAAACCUCACAGCUGCUUAUUUUGUGAGAAAUCUUUUUCACAGAGAGGAAGUUUACAGAUGCACAUGAGAAUCCACACAGGAGAGAAACCUUUCAGCUGCUUAGUUUGUGAGAAAUCUUUUACACAGAAUGGAGAUUUACAGAGACACGUGAUGACUCACACAGGAGAGAAACCUUUUAGCUGCUCAGUGUGUGGUAAAGGUUUUAUUAGAAGUGGAGAUGUGAAGAUGCACAUGAGAACUCAUAGAGGAGAGAACCCUUUCAGCUGUCUGUAAGAUCUCUUUUGCCCAGAAAGGAUAUUUACAGUCGCACAUGAGAAACCUUUCAAUUUCUCAGUUUGUGAUAAAAGAUUUGUGUGCAAGGCACAUCAGUGAUUUGAGAUACAUGGUUUCUUCAAACGGGGUAGUGUUUACCGUGUUCACGAGAAGAGUUGGUAUGAACGCCCCCCUCUCGUGGUAUUCACAACCUCGUAAGAUGAAAGUUUCUGAAAGCUCCGAGUUCAUGAG